GUCACUUCCGCUCAGGCCACGCCCACCUGUCAUGCAGUCCCUGGCACUUUAUGAGUUUGAGGAUUGUUGCGUUUGCUCCCCCAGACUCAAAAAUGACUCCCUUGCUCAGUUAGCUGCCAGUUUUCCUCACUCAAGUCUGGAAAAAUGACGGCGUCUUCCGCGCCGUGCAAGAAGCCUCCCGCCCGCCACCAAAGUCCCCUUCCCAACCAGUGGCGCGUCCUUGGGACGCUUCUGGUGACUGUGGGGUUCCUGCUGUUCACCUUCUCCGAUGCCUGUGGUCCACCACCAACAUUUGAGGCUAUGGAGCUCAUUGGUAAACCAAAACCAUUUUAUAAGCCUGGGGAAUAUGCGAAUUAUAGGUGUAAAGUAGGAUGGGAAUAUGUAUAUUUGUUCACCACAUCUACUUACUGUGAACAGAACAACUCAUGGCUUCCUAUCACUGACUGGGCUUGUGAAAAAAUAAAAUGCGCCCAGCUACCUAUUAUCCCACAUUGUAGGGAACAUAUUGUAAAUGGAACUCUAGCGUGGGGUCACCAGGUUCACUUUGAAUGUGACGAGGGCUAUUAUCUAGUCGGUAGAAAAUUUGUAACCUGUCUACUUAAAGGAUCAACAACACACUGGAGCCAUGGUGUCCCACGAUGUGAAAAGAUUUUGUGUUCACCACCUCCAAAAAUAAAAAACGGAAAACACACUUUUAGUGAUGUUGAGAUAUUCGAGUACUCAGAAUCAGUAACUUACAGCUGUGAUCCAUCACACAAAGAUGAUGAAUUUUCACUUGUCGGGGAAAAAUCACUUUAUUGUGUUGCCAAUGGAGUAUGGAGUAGUGGUGCUCCUGAAUGUAGAGUGAUCAGGUGUCCAUUUCCAGAACUCAAAAAUGGAAGACAGGUAACAGGAUUUAGAAAGAAAUAUUACUACCAAGCAACGAUUAUGUUUGACUGCAACGUCGGCUAUCAUCUUCAAGGGAGUGAGACCGUGGUCUGUAACAGUAAUAACACAUGGGAGCCCCCAAUUCCAACAUGUGUGAAAGGUCCUAGGCCUACUCAUCCCACCAAGCCUCCAGUCUAUAAUUAUCCAGGAUAUCCUGAGCCCCGUGAAUUCUUUAACGAAAAUCUAGAUGCAUGGCUCAUUGCUCUGAUUGUUGUUACUGCAAUUGCUGGGAUUGUAGCAUGUGGCACCUGCCUGUACAAAUGCUGCCAAAGCAGGAAGAAGAAAGGGUAAUUAAAGCAUGUCUCUUCUCAUUCAUUGGCCCUUCUUUCCUUGAUGCAUGACACACUUUGGUGCUGCUUAAGUUUGUCCUCUAAGUUGCAUGCUGAUCUUAAAAAUGUUUCCUACAAAU